GUGCAAUAUCUAAAUCAAGAGGAAACUUAUCUAAAUUAUUAAGAAAAAGCAAAGGAAGCAAAGUUAAUAUAGGAAAUAAAUAUUUUGAAUAAAAGAAAUAAUAAAAUGACAUAAAUUUAAUACCUGCAGCUUCUAAGAAAUGAGAUUAAAAUAUAAAAAUUAUUGGUCAUAUUUAAGUGAGAUUAGAAAAAGAGAAAUUUAAGGAAGAUUGAAUAUUUUAUAAGCAUAAGAUAUACGAUAAACUAUUGUUUGUAUAUCUGUAGUUUUAUAUUAAAUGGCCACAUUAUAUGAAGUGACUUGUAAGCCUAAAUAAGCAAUUAAAUGGUAUUUAAAGGUUAUGAUUAAAGUACCUAAUGAUCGAAAUAUCUUGCCAAAAUUAGGUUUAUCAUUCGCAAGAGUAUUAUUAUUUAAUAAAUAAUUAAAUAGAUUGAUAAUGAACCAUAAGCAUUAAAUCUAUUCAAUAAAUCAAAUUGA